AAAUAAAAUAAAAUGUUUCAACCAUCUCGACAGCAGAUUCUCCGGCUAUAUAAACACCUCAUCCGAUACGGCAAUCAUCUGAAGCUGACGGACAAGAACUAUUUUCUGGGGCGCGUGCGGCACGAGUUCCGGGACAGUCGCCAGUUAACAAGUCCUACGGAAAUCGAGUUCAACUUCAGGCGUGGAGAGACCCUGCUGAAGAAGGGACGCAUACUGUAGGGAUGAUACGAGCCUUGGUUUCCCGGUUGGCUCUUCCUCCACUGGCUGUGCGC